AGCCGUAUACGAGACGUGUUCGCGCGAGAAACGCAACGAGAUGUAGUUGUACAAAGAAAUAUCAAGCCGCACGGGGGCUCGUCACCCCGUAGUCGGCGCGUCGUUUCUGUAUCCGUCGACGGCGCGUUUAAUUUCUCAACACUCUCUCUCUCUCUCUCUCUCUCUCUCUCUCUCUCUCUCUCUCUCUUUCUUUCUCGUCGUGUCGGUGUUUAAUUCAUCGUUAUUAAAAAUAAAUUGCUCGCUGUUGCAUUUGCCGUUCUCGUUUUGUUGCAUGCAAAAAAAAAUACAAAUCUGCCGGAAAACCAGGAAAACGAUAAGCAGCGCAAACUUUGACAUACGUAAUGUGACGAUCUUUAUGAUUACAACAUUGUAAUAAAGGGCGUAAACCUGCUUAUCAUCAUCAUCAUUGUCGUUCUUCCGCGUCCGAAUACACGUCAAGAAAACGAGAUACGUUGAGAAGAAAAUGGUCGCAGAAAAAUACAGUAAGCUCGAACCCGAGCUGAUGGAGCAAUUACAUACGAUCGCCCAACAGAUUGUGGCACCCGGCAAGGGUAUCCUGGCUGCUGAUGAGUCGACCGCGACGAUUGGUAAACGUCUUCAGGAUAUCAACGUUGAGAAUACUGAGGAAAACCGCAAGGCUUAUAGGCAACUUCUUUUCACUACAACAAAGGAUGUCAUUGGACAAUACAUCUCCGGAGUGAUCCUCUUCCAUGAGACCCUCUAUCAAAAGGCCGAUGAUGGCACGCCGUUCGUCGAGUUAUUGAAGCAGCGCAACAUUAUCCCCGGCAUCAAGGUUGAUAAAGGUGUCGUUCCGUUAUUCGGCACGGAUAACGAAUGCACAACCCAGGGUCUCGAUGAUCUCCAGGCGCGUUGCAUCCAGUACAAGAAGGACGGCUGCCAUUUUGCCAAAUGGCGAUGCGUGUUGAAGAUUACAAAGGAUACGCCGAGCAAGCUUGCCAUUCUGGAGAAUGCCAAUGUUCUGGCCCGUUACGCCUCCAUUUGUCAAAGCGCUAGGAUCGUACCGAUCGUGGAGCCUGAGAUCCUUCCCGAUGGUGACCAUGACCUCGCCCGUUGUCAACAAGUCACGGAAGAGGUCCUUGCAGCCGUUUAUAAGGCCCUUUCAGAUCAUCAUGUAUAUCUUGAGGGAACAUUGCUCAAACCUAAUAUGGUAACACCAGGCCAGAGUUGUCCGACGAAGGCGACUCCCCAGCAGAUCGCUGCCGCCACGGUGACAGCGUUAUUGCGCACUGUGCCACCGGCGGUACCCGGCAUCACCUUCCUCAGCGGUGGUCAAUCCGAGGAGGAAGCAUCGGUCAAUCUGGACGCCAUCAAUAAGUACCCGGCAAAGAAACCCUGGACGUUAACCUUUAGUUAUGGACGCGCUCUGCAGGCUUCCGUACUUCGCGCUUGGCAAGGCAAGCCCGAUCAGGUUGCCGCCGGCCAGCAGGAAUUGCUUAAGAGGGCAAAGGCAAACUCUGCAGCUUGCCAAGGUAAAUAUGUGGCUGGCAGCAUUUCUAGCAAAGCUGCUGACACCUCUCUCUACAUCAACUCUCAUGCCUAUUAAAAAAAACUUUUACCUUUUUGCAUUUUCUGUUUUUGCGGCUAAUAGCGACUCGGCGCUUGGCAAAUAUGCGGGUGGUGUUACUGGCGCCGCGGGAGAUGCAGCACUUUUCGUCGCCAAUCAUGCGUAUUAGAUUGAUCCAUAAAGAAAUUCGAUGUAAAAAAAUAUCGUUAGAGAAAUGUGGAAUUAAACCGUCGUUGGAAGCAUUUUGCAGGCUCAUCGUCGUCAUCGUCCUUCCCGUUGAAAUUAUGCGAAAGAAGGGGUUUUCCUCGAAGAUGAACAAAACGUACACAAAAUCGAAAGUUUGCAACAAAUGUUUAUUUUUUUCUGCUUUUAAAUACGGAUUUUCUUAUGAAAAUACUCAUACAUUCUUAAAUCAAGUUUUAAACUAAUUUUUUAUGUCUACAUAAAAUCUCUUUAUGUGGAUUUCUAUCGAGUUGUAUAAUUCGAGUUAUUCUAAUUUUUAAUUGGUUUCAGGACAUGUAAUUCGUUCAGAUCAAUAUUUUGUAAACAGUCGUCAAAUUUUUUGACUGUGUGAUCGAUUGAGAUUUUACCAAUGAAAUCUAUCUUAUUGGAACAACCCACUAUUCUCAGAAGUUGCAUGAUUCAAACCAAAAAAAAUUAUUGUAAAGAAAAAAAUUGCUAUACAUUUCUUUUUAGCAUAUUAUAAAGAUUUUUAUUUCAUAUAAAAAUAACAGAACAUCAUAUAUAGAACAUCAUAUAUAUUAUUUUAUAUAGAUCAAUGUGUAAAGCGAGAAAAAAAAGAGGAUUUUUUCGAUUCGGCAUGUUUAUCUAAUUUAACAUUAAUUUGGCCUUCAUUGGUUAGCCCUCGUUUUAAUUGAAAUAUAUUUCUAUGGAUUUUAUUAGAAAUGUGCCGUUAGAGUUGGUAAAUAAUUUGAUGGAUGAUUUCAUAAUAAAUGUAUAAACUAAGUUUAGAAUUAAUUUUUGGCGUAACCAUCCAAUUUUUUGUCAGUAGUGUCUUAUAUUCGCUACUAAGUUUCGCCUAACAAUCAAUUUGACAAGAUGAUAUUUCACUGGUAUUAAAUAAUCGAAGGACGAAGAUCGGAAUAUGUUACACACCAAACGCGAGCAAACUUUGCGACAUUCGAUAUAUUACGAUACGUACUGUUAUUACUAUAUUCUACAACACUACGACACAAAAGAAUGAAUAUGUAUGCGUGUGUGUAUACAUAUGCACACACACACACACAUACACACAUACAUACAUAUAUAUAUUGUCAAUGCAUUGUACGGUAUUUUACGUGUAUAAAAUAAAAGGAUGCAAAAAAAUAGAAAUAUGCAAAAUAAAGGGAAUAUAUUAAAUGUU